CGUGUCGAUAUUUUUCUUCCGCAGCCAUAUUUAAUCGAAUCUUUGUGAUUCGUGUCCUUAUUUUAUUCGUGUGAUACUGUAUAUAAGAGCUUUGAAUAUUGUUGAGUUUGUCAAGUGACAACGAGCCACGUCAAAGUAGAUAUCAUUUAAAAAAUGAUGGAAAUUGACUUUAUGACGAGAUAUGUUUCGCCUAUAAAUCCAGCUGUUUUUUCGCUGCUUGGAAUAGUAUUGCUUGGAAUUGGAGUAUUCUUCACAGCAUGGUUCUUCGUAUAUGAAGUUACCAGUACCAAAUUUACAAGAGAUAUAUUCAAAGAGUUACUAAUAUCUUUAGUAGCAGCUGUAUUUUCUGGAUUUGGUGUAUUAUUUUUACUCUUAUGCGUGGGCAUAUAUAUAUAAAUAUAGUUUGAUCAAUGACAAAAAAAAAUACGUAACAUUCGUUGCAAUGACAAAAUAUAUUUAUAAGAUGAAAGAGCAGGAAAACUUAUCACAUAAAAUCUAUUAUUAUUAAUACGUUAAAUUAAAUAAAACCAUGCUUGAGUAUCUUUUUUAUAUUACGUAUGUGUUCUUUUAUUCUAUAUUACUUAGCAUGAUAUUUGGUAUAGUAUAGCAUAAAUCAUUUAUAUAAUAGCUUGGGUGCAUUAUUCUUAUGUUGAUAUAUCGAUGAUUGCACUAACGAUACAAGAAAAUUUGUAAAAAUGUAUUUUGUUCGAAGGAAUAUUAUACAUAUCGAUAAACUAUCAUAGACUUUACAACAUAACCGAUCUGCUUACUGCAACCGAUGCAUACAAUGCACUUUUCAUUUGUUUGCACAAUAUGAAAAUUAUAUACUUUGUUACAAAUACGUUAUAAUAAAAGAGUUUAAUGUAUGA